AUGGACAAGGUGACGAUCGACCAGAUCAAUCCAGUUGAGAUGGCCAUUGCGAGAGGAGCAAAACCCCCAGCGCAGCCCAAGACGACGCCUGCCACGGAAACGAGCAUUGUGAAGUCAAACAAUGCGGACGGCACCGCUGCUGGCAUGACGGAGAGGAAUGCGUCAAGUACUGCGACGACGACCACAACAAGAGGGGUGCGAGCCACAACGAUGACCACCACAACAACCGCGAUGCCGUACAACUCGUUGGUCUGCACCUUGAAUGCCAACACGAGCCUGAACUCCGUGUCGGAGUUGCCCGAGGACGGCCUGUGCGAUUUCAGCUUCUACCAAGCGUGGGAGGAAAGACACUCCAUGCUGCAGGGACCCGGCGGUCCUUACGCCGCCACCUUCGAGCUCGUCUUGCAGGCCGCCGCCCAGCACAACAAGACAGAGUACGGCCUCAGCUUCGACUACGAGUGA